AUGUCUCAACUGACUGGACUGCACAAUGCCAUGAUCGAAACGAUCCGCGACACCAGGUUUGGCAAGCUGAUGCGUCUGUUCAGCGGCGGCCGGCUCCUGCGCUUCCCCGAGGAAGAAGACCCCUCCAUCUGGACCACAUACGUCAAAAGCUCGGAGGAGACCAAACCCGCGCAAUCUGAGAUAUCGGGCUCGGAGUACGACAGCUAUGAAGAAGACCUCGAAGCCUAUGGUUUAUACACGGUUAUGUCGCAGGCCUCCCGCGUGGGGAGAAGGACGUCCACUGUCACCUCCGCCCCGGCACUGCCCUCAUCGGCACAGCGCGGCAGCCCUACCAUCAUCACUUGGGCGCUGGAUGACCCCGAGAAACUCCUGGUUAGCUCGCAGAUCUGGCUCCUCACCUUCGCCAUCUACAUCGGCUCCGCCAUCUACUCGCCGGGAAUCCCCUCGGCGGCGCAGCACUUCGGGAUCAGCAGCGUGGCCGCGACGCUGGGGCUGACGCUCUUCGUGCUGGGGUACGGGGUGGGCCCGAUGCUGCUGUCGCCUCUGUCCGAGCUCCCCGCCGUGGGCCGCAGCCCCACCUACGUGCUGACGCUGGUGGUCUUCGUCUUCUUCAACUUCGGGGUCAUCUACGCCCGCAAUCUGGGCAUGUUCUUGGCCUUUCGGUUUCUGGCGGGGUUCCUCGGCUCACCCGCGCUCGCCACGGGCGGCGCCUCGAUGGGCGAUAUCUGGAGUCCGCGGGCCCGCGACUAUAUGAUCGCCAUAUGGGGGUGCUUCGCCAUUUCGGCGCCCGUGCUGGGGCCGUUGGUGGGCGGGUUCGCGGCCGCCGCGAAGGGGUGGACCUGGACAAUCUGGCCGCUGAUCUGGGUGUCCGGGUUUACGUUGGUGGUGCUGUUCGUGGGCCUGCCGGAGACGUACGCGCCCAAUAUCCUCUCGCGGCGGGCGGCGCGCGUGCGCAAAAUUACCGGGGAUGCGGGCUGUGUGUCUGAGUCGGAGCUGGAGUUGCGGAGGAUCAGAGACAAAGUCGAAUCAGACCGUGAGGCAUCACACCCGGAAGCAAUCUCUAAUGGCAUGGUGAUGCGGGAACAACAGGACCUCCUCUUCGAAGCCCUAAUCCGCCCUUUCCAACUCAGCUUCCUCGAGCCCAUCGUCUUCCUCCUCAGCCUCUACAUCUCUUUGAUUUACGGAAUCCUUCACAUCUGGUUCGAAGCCUUCCCCAUCAUCUUUGAAGACCUCCACGGCUUCAACGCCGGCCAAAACGGCCUCGCCUUCCUCGGCAUUCUAGUCGGCACAAUCUGCCUCGCCAUUCCGGGCUACUUCUACUGGAAAUCCCACUACCAGAUCCGCUACCUCGAUCGCAACGGCAACCUGCCCCCGGAGGCCCAGCUCCCCUCCGCCUGCGUCGGCGCCGUCUGUCUGGCCUUCUCCCUGUUCUGGUUUGGCUGGACCGGCAACUUCGCGAGUGUGCACUGGAUUGUACCCAUCCUCGCGUCCGGGCUGUUCUCGGUGGGCGGGUGUCUGAUUUUCAAUAGCAUCUUCACGUACGAGGCGCACGCGUACCCCACGUACGCGGCCUCGGUGCUGGCGGGGAACGACUUUAUGCGGUCGAGCUUCGGGGCGGCGUUCCCGCUGUUCGCGACGGCCAUGUUUCGCAAUCUGGGGGUUGGGUGGGCGUGUACGCUGCUCGGGUGUUUGGCUGUGUUGUUAGUGCCGUAUCCGUUUGUGCUGCUCAGGUUUGGGAGGCGGCUGAGGUUGGCGAGUCGGUUCGCCAGGCAUGAUAUUUGA